GAAACUGAAUCUGGGACAGCUGCGCGAAGGACUAGAGGCUGUGGUGCGCCACUGAGCCAUGUGGCGCCGCCUUUUCUUCAUUAUUGAUGUUGUUUUAGCAGACAUGAAUGUCGUUUUAAAAUCCCUGCCGACAAACAUGAGUGUCAGCGAAACUGCGGCGUACUGAGGUUUCAAAUUCCAGACAACGCCGAAGCAGCCCGUUGGUUCUCCAUGGUUACCGACUUACAGCUUGUCCAACCUUUGUUGCCAAAGUCAAGUUCACUCUGGAGCUGGUGGCCCUCCUGGCGUCCGACCUCCAUGUCCCUGUUGAAGACUACAGAGUCUAAGAUUCUUGCCUGUAUUAAGAAUGAUUUAUGGGCCAGGUUUGUGACCCUCGCAAACCAGGACCGCAUAUGGACUCUGUCUCUUACCAACAAGGGGACUCCCAAAUCUGCAGAACAAGCACCUACGACUCCCCUGGUGAUGGUUCAUGGCUUUGGAGGAGGGGUAGGGCUGUGGAUCAGGAACUUGGACGCCCUGAGCCGCUCGCGGACCGUCUACGCCUUUGACCUUUUGGGCUUUGGCAGGAGUUCGAGGCCUAGCUUCCCGUCAGACGCUGCCAAGGCAGAGGAGCAGUUUGUGGACUCCAUUGAGCAGUGGAGGCAGGCUGUUGGUCUGGAGAACAUGAUCCUGCUGGGGCACAGUUUGGGGGGCUACCUGGCUACCUCAUACGCAAUUCAGCACCCUUCCAGAGUGUCGCACCUUAUCUUGGUGGACCCCUGGGGUUUCCCUGAGCGAGGCAAACCAGAGACCCAGCAGAGCGAGGAUCAGAGCACUGAGACGGUGAAGAGGCCCACCAUUCCCAGAUGGGCAAAAGCCAUCGUCUCGAUUCUUUCCCUCUUCAACCCGCUGGCUGUUAUCAGAGCUGCAGGCCCAUGGGGCCCAGGCUUGGUGAACCGGUUCCGCCCCGAUUUCAAAAGGAAAUUCAAGGAUCUCUUUGACGAUGACACAAUGACGCAGUACAUUUACCACUGUAACGCACAGACUCCGAGUGGGGAGAUAGGUUUCCGGGCCAUGUCAGAAACGCUAGGGUGGGCUAAGAGGCCAAUGCUGCAGCGAGUACAUCUUCUGCCGCCCUCCAUGCCCGUCACUAUGCUGUAUGGAGCUAGAUCCUGGGUGGACAGCUCAUCUGGUGACAGAGUAGCCGAGAUUAGGGGCAAAGCCCACACCAAACUGCUGCUGGUAGACGACGCCUCACACCACGUCUACGCUGAUCAACCAGACGACUUCAACAGAGUGGUGGAAAACAUAUGUAAAUCUGUAGACUGAUGGCAUGUGUGUGUCUCCAAAAGACCUGGAGGUUCUGCAUUGUAUCUGCACAAGUCGUCGAGGCGGAUUCGGCCCCGGAGCCUGUGCAUGCGAAGCACUCUUGAGUUGUUCUGUUUUGAAGCAUUUGAAUGAAUCUGAAUGUAAUUCUGCUGUCUUUCUUUCUUUUUUUUAUUCCUGUAAAUCGUUCUUUUGCUCAUAUUUCAUGGCUGGUUUAUUUAGUACGUUCACAUUAGUAUUUAUUACAUGAUUUACUGGUUACUGUUUUCAAACAGAAUGCUAACCAAACAAUUCAAGAUGUUUAUUGAGUUGAAUAUUUGGUUAACGCAAUACAUCCAGAUGCGCCUCUUAGGUUGCUGGUGUUUUAUUGUUUUUUGAGCUGCCAGAUGGCCACUGAUUCAUAAUUUAUUAUGUGCCUGACAAGGUGUUCUUUCUUUGCCUUCUGUGUGUCUUAUUUCCUUUUUGCAUCAUCACCCAGCUGUAUUUUAUAACCUACAAACUUACAUAUGUAUAUAUAUAUAUAUAAAAAAAAAACAAUGUUUCCCAAACCAGCAAUCAGUGGUGUACUACAUUACCUUUCCACUAGAGGUCAGCACUCAAUGUUUAUGUAGCAUUCCGGUUCAGUAUGACUGAAAACAUACAAUAAAUCUUAAAUGUUUUCAGUC